GGCAACCUCGAAAUGGCUUUCCGAAGAAGAAACAAGAGUUACGCUUUCUUCAGUCAAGAAUUUCUCAUUCAGAACCAUGCAGAUAUCGUAUUCAGUCUGGUUAUUUUCAUCCUGAUCGGACUGAUGUUUGAGGCAACAGCAAAAACAGCCAUUGUAUUCAUUCAGCCCCAGUAUAACAUCAGCACACUAUCAUCAGAAGGGGAAGUCACUCUCUACCACUAUGGCUGGAAGGACUGUGCCACCAUCCUCUUCUAUCUCUUCAUCACCAUCAUCCUGCACGCGGUGGUGCAGGAGUAUGUGCUGGACAAAGUCAACAGGCGCCUGCACCUCUCAAAGAGCAAGAAUACGAAAUUCAACGAGUCGGGACAACUCUGUGUGUUUUACUUAGUUUCCAGCAUAUGGAGUCUUUAUGUCCUCGGCACGGAGGGUUAUCUGCUGCACCCCAGUAGUCUAUGGGAGAAUUAUCCUCAUGUAUAUCUGAGGUUUCAGGUGAAGUUCUUCUACCUCACCCAGCUGGCCUACUGGCUCCAUUCCAUCCCAGAGCUCUACUUCCAGAAGGUCCGCAAGGAGGAGAUCCCUCGGCAACUCCAGUAUAUCGCACUAUACCUGCUGCACAUCAUGGCCGCCUACCUGCUAAAUCUGACCCGUGUGGGUCUGGUGCUGCUGUUCCUGCAGUAUGUGUCUGAGCUGGGCUUUCACAUCUCCAGACUCUUCUACUUCACAGACGAGAACCAUCACAAGAUGUUUGAUCUUUGGGCAGUAGGGUUUGUGUGCACACGGAUGGUCACUCUAACACUUAUGUUUCUGGCGGUGGGUUUUGGACUCUCCCGUGCUGAGGACCAGAACUUAGACUGGGAGGCGGGGAACUUCAACACAGUCUUUAUCAGGAUGACUGUGUUGUUCCUGGUGUGCUUCACGCAGUCCUGGCUGCUGUGGAAGUUCAUCCGCUUCCAGCUGCGACGCUGGAGAGAGUUCAGGCUGGAGCAGGCGGCCCGCAAGAGGGCGGCCACCAAACAGAACCCCUCGCGCUCUCUGAAGAGAGACUCCGUGGGUCACCAUGAGAAUGGGUUGGUAAAGGCGGAGAACGGAACCUCCCCCCGGCUGAAGAAGAUCAAAGCACCUUAACCCCAACCGCACCCACCCACCUGCCCCAACUCAACUCGAUCUGGAUCCCCGCCCUCAAUCCCUCCCUCCCUCCCUCCCUCCCGCUCGUGAGACCCACCUGCCUGUGGCCAUCAGAGAGGAUGAGGACUCCAACAAUCUCCCUCUUUCUCCGCUCUCAGAGGGCGGCGGCAGGAUCACUUAGAGAAGCGAAAGACAAGAUCCCUUACAUGAAAUUGGGAGGAAGAGGCUACACACACACACACACACACACACACACACACACACACACACACACACACACACAUACAUACACGCACACACAUGUUCGGAAUCACAACAGACAAUCAGCCAAAUUUUCUUUUCUUUUUGGAUCAGUAUUUUUAUAUUUUGUUCUGUUUUGGUAUAAAGCUGCCUGCCUGCAAUUCUACACCGCUGGACUUGCUCUCAUAUCAUUUUUUGUAUAAUACAAGUCCUAUUGAAUUUCUGACUAGCUUGUAGAUGUUUUUCAUUGUUGCUUUGCCAGACUCAAGGCUCUUUAUGUCUGUUGUGUCUUGCUUGAGGCUGUAGAGUUGCCUUAUCCAGGGGACUGGUGCUAUGGACCAUUGGAAGUAUAGUACGGUGGCCCUUGAAGGACAUCCAGAGCGUGUGUUCUCCCCUGUUGGAGGACCGAGCCUGCCUUCUUUGCCCCCUGGUGGUUACUUACUCCCAGUCAGCGUCCUACAAGUUCCGUAGCAGCCAUCAUCAUCGAACUUGGUCAGCAAGUGCAGUUCUACAUUGUGGUGUUAAUGCAGUAGCUGACAAUGCUUUAUCUUUAUUAUCUUUAUUUUGGCUAUAUGUAUGUAGUUUCCAGUAUCAGAUCAUAUUGUACAUUUAUAUUGUGAAAUGUAAUUGUUGUAAUUAUGAAAGAAAAAGUUUCCAAAAAAACAUAAUCUUUUUUCUUUUUUGUUUAUGGAAAAUAUUGACCGUAAAGCCAUGGAUCCUCUUGGCUUCAAGUAUUGGAAAUAAAUCCAUACAGGUAUA